CAAACGGGUAAUCGACAAAGUGAUGCUUGCUUGGUCUUUAUUCCACUUACCGGUCGCUCAUGGGAGACCUUGCUUGGUCCUUGGCUUGGCCAAGGAAAUGUCAACUCCAACUCCUGACAUUGUAUUUAGUACGGUAAGGUCGUCGUCCACUGGUCGCGUGCCCUACUUCAUGGUCCUUUUUCUCCUCUAUCUGACCUCACCGUCUCUCCUUAACAAGUGUGCCUCCUUUCUUUCUUUGGUUCACUGGUUAGGUCUUGGGGUUGAUGGUCCUCGCCCCCUCCAUCUUUGUUGACGGAAGCCGAACAACCAAUAGAGAAAUAUCAUUGCGUCAGCAUUCCCAGAGCCUUUAGAAAGAACCCUUUUCCAUGAGCGAACCGUUCAUUCGACUUCACUCAAUAUUGCCAACAUUCCCAGACUGAUCUCGCUAACUAUAAGCCUUUGCCGCGGGUUCCGGAAUACUUUAUAGACCACCGGAAGAGCUGGGAACGAAGAGAGAGAAAUAAGCUGCAGUCCUACGGUCAGAAUGACUUCCAACAUGUCAGUAACGUACGAAGAACCGGAAUGGAAUAGUGCUCCAGCUUGGAAAUUGCCCGGAUGGGCAGAACCUAUCGUAAGAAAAUUCAAAAGAGAUAUGAUAUAACUAACACUAACAAACUUGUAAGGUGGUUGCUAGUAUAUUGAUUGGGACGAUGGUACUAACGAGACGCCGAGGUUACCGGAUUCUUGAGACAAGAAGAGAAUAUUUGCUAGUAGACGACGAGUCCGACUAUGCAUCCGCUCGAUCAUCCGACGACUUGAUUGCAAGAGAACAUAUGCUUGGGAGUGAUAGCGAAAGUUUUGAGUCGGCGUCAACGUCAAAAUAUCCGCCAAAGAAGAGAAGAAUUUGUGGAGUAUCCAUAUAUACACCGAAUACCUCGAGAUUUGCGGAUCACUUUCACAGUCGAAUCAUGCAGCGCUUUCCCUUUUUGAUGGAGAUGUUUUAUUGGAUUGUGACGUACGCCUUCUAUCGAUGCACUAGCAUAUUUUCUCAAGCUAUCUUCUCCAAAACGGGGAUAUGGGAUAUUGCGCAAGACCAUGGGCUAGCAGUUUUGGAGUUCGAGCAGUUCUCUUGGUUGAGCUUCCUCUGGCCGGUACACGAAAGAGACGUACAGCAGUGGUUUAUGCAUGGCCAUCAAACUUUCUUGACCGUGCUGAACCGCUCGUAUGCCUUGAUACAUAUCCCAGGGACUGUCGGGUAUGUUACACAGGCUCGAUAGGAUGAUUCUUGCUAACAUUUGACAGCUUCAUCGGAUGGUAUUACUAUGCCGCACCAUCAUUCGACACCUUCGCGCGUGUACGACGAACCAUGACUUUAACGAACUUCUUUGCAUUCAUGAUUUUCAUCUUAUAUCCAUGCAUGCCUCCACGACUCUUGCCGCAAGAAUACGGCUUUCUUGACAGCGUUGGACACAACAAUGGCCAAAGUGUUUGGAUGAGUGGGAAGUACGUCAACUCGCUAGCAGCCAUGCCAUCGAUGCACUUUGGGUAUUCCUUCUGUAUAGGAACUGCCUUACUUUACCACUCUGGUGUCUUCCGUAAAAUACUUGAGCCAGGAGAGCAACGGAAAUCCAAACCAUGGGCCAUUUUUUACGUCUUGCCAGCUAUCGCUUAUCCCUCGUGGAUUCUAAUCACCAUUGUCGCAACAGCCAAUCAUUAUUAUCUCGACGCGUGUGUCGCAUUUUUCGUCGUCAUUGUUGCAUUUAUGUGUAAUAAGGUGUUCUAUGUCAUGAUUCCUUUGGAGGAUCUCUUGCUCUGGUGUUUGAGAUUGGAGAAGCCAAUUCCAACGACGGGCGAUAGACUUCGUAAGGAUCGCUUCUGAUACUCUUUUUUUUGCAUUUUCUUCAUUGCAUCAUUGCAUAUGUAGCAUGGGAAUGGGCUUCUAGCUUUGCAUGGUAGAUGAGCUUGCACCUGGUCGGCGUUUCUGUUUUUUGAUACCAUGGUAAGAAUAUAAUACAUUGGGAAUAGGCGCGGUUAGGAGAAUGGUUCCUGGGAGAUCUGGAUAGGAAUUAGAAGCCCAAGCUUAGUAAUGGAUAUGGGUGUAUAUAUCGCGAAGAAUAUAUGAAGAGGUGUACAAUUCUUUGAAUUGUGUAUCCAUAUGUCCUGC